UUGACAAACCUUUAAGACAAUGAAGUGAAAGUCAUACUGACAUAGAUGAGAGCUACCGUGUGUGUGUGUGGGACGACGUGGGAUAAGACCCGCCCGUAAAUGUGAUCUUUAAAUGAUGAGCCAGUGGAAAUUCUCGUUUUAGUGUGCGUUUGCUUCGAGUCAGGACCACUACACAGAAAACAGAAGAAAUGUUGGCUGCUUUCAGAGGACUUGCAAGGAUUCUGUUAAUAUUCAGUCUAGUACUGAACUCCAGUUUAGGUGCAGACACUGGAUGUAAAGACUGGAAUUUUAAAGAAGACAGAGAAAUCUGCUGCAAUGAAUGCAAGCCAGGGAACCGCCUGGUGGAAUAUUGUGGAACAGAUCCAGAAAAGCUCUGUACCCCCUGUGAACCUGGAACUUACGUUAAUGGUGUUGAAUUCUUUUGUAAGAGAUGUGCCCAGUGCAUAGGAAAUCAAUUUACAUAUAAAGCUUGUACUAUCAGCAGCGAUACAGUAUGUGGAUGCAAGGAAGGAUAUCUGUGUGGAAACGACAAAUGUUCCUUCUGUGUUGAGGAAUGCAAGGUCGGAGAGGAGCCCACCAAAGAACGAUCUUGUAGAAAAUGUCCAGAGGGAAAAUUUAAUGAUAAAAUCCACAGUAUGUGCAAAGAAUGGACAGCAGUCAGUUGUCCUGAUGGACAGACUUUGGUCAAAGGAAAUGUUACCAGUGACAGUACAUGCAUAAAUUUAGAACCUUUAUCUGCUGUGAAAACAAAUCAAAAAGAACAGAUAAACUGGCUUCCAGUUUUCAUUGCUGCAGGGAUGGCUGUCCUUUUUAUCAUAGGAUCCGUGGUUGCAUAUGUAAAUGCAAAAUACAAAACAGAGAAGAAGCCAAAAACCGAUACCCCUGACCAAGACGACUCAGACGUGUCCAGCAUAAUGAUUGUUGAGCAAGAAGACUGUAGUUUUCGUCAUCCUGAGCAGGAACAGGGUAGCAGCUCAGAGUCCAUCAACACGCAAGACUCAGAGUCUAAACUCAUAGUGUGAGUUUACUGGACAGUAUUUUUUUUUUAUCUGACUUUAGCAUUGCUACAGGAACAAGAGGACAAAAUCUCUGAGCAUCUGCUAGACUGUGAAAUACAUGCUUGCCUGGGUGUUGAUAAGCCUUUCCAGUUGGUGUAUCAGUGAUUAAUUUGAACAAAAUGAGUGUCAUUUGUUCUGAAGAACAAAAUGAACUUUCACCUCUGAGUUUUUAACUUCUGAAGCCUGGUGCACCUUCAUAACACAAAGAUGAGAGGUUGGUAAUGUAGGUGUGCAGUAGCAGACAGUGUGUCAACACUUCUAUGAGAGUAGGUGUCAUCUACUGGUGCUCGCGUCACAUUUUCAGGUCAAAGACCUCUUGAAAUACCCUGGUGGGCUUCCCCACUUUUUUUUAAAAGAGCAGCAUUUUAAAAAAUGAUCUUUGGAUCAGGAACAAAGAGACUAACAUGAACACAGUGAGACAUGUUUGUUCUUUAACCAUUUUUAUUCAAUAAUAGUUCUUUUUCCAGUUGUUUUUAAUACUAUGGUUUAUUGUCUGGAAAUCAGCAGAGUGCAGAGUAGUUUUUAGGUAGCUAAAUGUGGUUGACUAUGUCAUGUAGUUAGAGAACUGCUGAAACUAAACAUGACCUCGGGAUUUUUUAGUGCAUUUUACAUUUCUGUACAUUAGGAAUUAAAAUAAGUAAAAUUGUCAACUCUCACAUUUCUAAGCCCCGGGUUAACAAAAUUAUGAUUUACUGUUCAUUCAUUCACAAUUCAUUCUUUACUUGAGGUUAGGAAUUUAUCCUGUGCAUUUAGGUUUUGACAAGUUGACCUUGACAAUAUGGCGGAUUGCUUACGUAUAGAGGCCCAUAGAAACUGUCACUAAUGAGGCAUCUAUGUAUAUCUAUGGUUGCGAUAACUCUACAAACCGCAUGAGUAAUUCAUGAGGUGAGCGCUAAAUCAAGUCUAUGAUUGGUUGCUGGCCGUUAUGUUCUGACGUCGCUUCAUUUCACAAGCAAAGAUAACUUGGUGUCAAGGUCAGUGUGAAAAGCAGUGUUGCCAAGUCCACAGUUUUCUUGAAGAAAUUGGGUUAAUUGAACUGUUGCUGUUGUUUUUUAUGCUAGCAGGUUUAAGCAACCCCAAUAACAUGAAAUUUAGCCCCUUAAAUGCGAAUCUUACCAGGGGAACCCCAUUAAAAACUUGUAUUUUACCUCACCAGAAUGUGAUUUUUAUGGGGAUCUCCCUCGAAACGUGAUUGGUCUAGUUUUGGGCAGGUUUUUAUCACUUGGGCAGGUUUAGUUGUUAAAAUAUAGAAUAUAGAAUGCAAAAACUACAUUGUAGCCCUGUAGUAUACUGUACAGCUUGUUCACCCCAGGGCUCUGAGAACUCAUGUGUUUGGGAAUUUCCUAUAGUUAAAUACCAUGCGUUCAUGUAGUAGAUCCUGAGGUCAUUAAACUUUAAAAGGUAUUGGGUACAAAAUCCUCUGAAAUUGCAAGAAUAUGGAAGAUUUCCUUUAAGUUUAUUCUCACUGAGAAUGGAGGUCAAUAAACCAGUUCAAGUGACAAGCCUCUGACAUGGUUUUACAUAUCUAAACUAAAAGGAUUGUUCAGUGGACUGUAUAUCCUGUAUCUCCUGCUGACUCAGUGGGAGUUCACUGAUGAGCAGAGUUGAAAAAUAUUUACUGUAUCAGUUAUGUUAUUAAUAUAGGAAUCACGAUGAAUCAUUUUGCAUUCCAGUUUCAUUUUACUCCCACAUCUAGACAUACGUGUGCCAACGUGCCGAGCUCCACAUCCACAAAAAAAUGAAACGCACUAUUUGGCUCCAAGGAGCUGUUUUCUCAGGGCGUUAUAAGCAAAACAGUAAUGAAACGGGAGUGGAACAACUGGUGGGUGAGCAUGUGAUAAUGGUGGAUAAUCUUUAACAGUCAAAAAAGGGUCACCCAGUUUGUCACCUUGUGCGUCACCAUGCAUUUACUAUGUAAAGCCUUAUACCGGGUAAUCCUUUAAUAAAACAGCUCUACCUCUUGUAUAUAAAAACAAAAAACGUUUUUUUUUUCUUUUUUUACACAAGUUUCAUUUUGUAGGAAGAGAAGGUCUCACUGGAAAUUUAAGUUUGAGGUGCUUUUUGCAGAGAUUUGCAUGAAUUUGUUGGUAAUUAGGGAAAGUCUUAACCUUUACAUACAGUUCAAACUGAAUUCCACACAAUUUCUGCUGUGAAUGUAAAAUGUGUUUAUUGAUUUUAUGCGUGUGUGUCUUCUUUACAAAGUAUUCAUUAAACUUUAUAUAAGCAA